AUGGACGAAUUAUCCUCAGAUGUUCUUACUCACACCAACGCCAGCACCCCUGCGACAAGUGCAACCGACUAUCGGGACGAUGAGGUGUUGGACGCGGGCGAUGGCAGCCCGAAUAAAGACAAGAAACGGAGGAGCCUCCGCAAUUUUUUGAAGGGCGGUGCAGAUAUGCAGGAUAAGCUCCUGGAGAGAUUACUCCAGCAGAUCAUUCCGAGUGACCUGGACUCCGCUGGCGGAGGUCUGAGUCUGACCGGAGAUGGCUCGCCAUAUUCAAGGCCGGCGUUUAGCCUGCCAACCAUGUCUUACAACUUCCGCCGCUUCAACACUCGCAUCGGCGUCGUUUUCAAAGGCCAAAUCCGACUAGAGCGUCUUGUCACGUGGCGCCACCCAACUCGCACGCUUUCCUUCCUGGCGGUAUACACGCUCGUUUGCCUAGACCCUUACCUCCUUUCCGUCCUGCCAAUGGUGCUUCUCCUUAUCGCAGUCCUCGUCCCAAGCUUCAUCGCCCGCCACCCAGACCCACCCUCGGCAGGUUCCGCUCCAGGUCUGGCAUCGGGCGGUGGCGUCAGCGGCACCGGCGCCAACGCCGCCAGUGUCCAUGCCGAGGAUGCGGCCCGCGCCAGGAGCUACUCUUCAUACCAGCACACCACGUACAGUCCACGUGGGCCGCCCGUUGCGCCCGCCCGCACCGUCAAGCCCGUCAAGGAGCUGUCUCGUGACUUUUUCCGAAACCUUGGCCAUCUGCAAAACACAAUGGCCGACUUCGUCACCGCUCACGACGCCAUCGUGGAGACUCUCGUGCCCGCCACCAACUUUAGCGACGAGGCCCGCUCGUCCGCCCUCUUUGUGGCUCUGUUCUUCGCCUCGGCCGUCAUGUCCAUUGCCGCCCACCUUCUGCCUUGGCGUCUGAUGCUGCUCGUGGGCGGCUGGGCGGCCCUCAUCUCGGGUCACCCGGCCGUCCACCGACGCGCCGCCGCCUACGCCUCCCGCGACCGGCCCAAGACGGAGAUGAAGCGCGCCAAGACGCUGCUCGAGCGCUUCGUCGAAGCCGACAUCAUACUCGACCAGGCACCCGAGACCAGGGAGGUGGAGAUCUUUGAGCUGCAGCGCCGCAGCUCCGGGGACGCGGACGAGUGGGAGCCCUGGAAGUUCAGCCCGACGCCCUACGACCCAAUGUCGCCGGCUCGUCUCGGCGGAGGAAGUCCACCACAGGGCGCACGUUACUUUGAGGACGUCCUGCCGCCGGAGGGUUGGGAGUGGAGCGAGAAGAAGUGGGCACUGGAUCUCUUUAGUAGGGAGUGGGUCGAGGAGGGAAUCAUCACCGGGGUCGAGGUCGAGACGGAGGGUGAGAGGUGGGUAUAUGACAUGUACAAUGAGAACGAAGGUGUCACUGGGGUCGUAGAGCAGCCACUUUACACAUCGGACGUGGCCCGCAAGGGAAAAGGCCACACCAGGACCAUGACGCCGUCCACCGUGAGCUGGGAGGAGGGAUUUGAAGGUGUAGGCAAACGUGGCGAAUGGAGGCGUCGCAGGUGGACAAGGUUGGUGAAGAGGAAGAAGUUUACCGGUACUACGUGA